GUCUGUAAAAUGCAGAAAAUGCCGGCAGAACUUCUGACUCACUAUUUGUGGCUAAAAGAAGUCGUAUAAAACAGGCUUUGUACGUUUUGUCUGGUUACCAGAAUACAAAUUGUCAGACUUAAUGGCCGAUCCACGUUUACGACAAUUGACAAUUAAAACGGGAGUUGUGAAACGUUUGGCAAAGGAGAAAACAGUUUGUGAAAAGGAAGUGGUUACAGAGCAGAACCGUUUGGAAAGAUUCAAGGGUGAAGGUGCAGAUGAGCACGUUCUAAAAAAACAAGAAGAAGUAAUAGCUGAGUGUGUUAUGAUGCUUCCAGAUACAUUACGCAGAUUAAGAAAAGAGUUAGAAACUCUUGAAAAAUUCUUGUCUGAGGAAGAAGAACUGAAGGAAACAAAAGAGUACGAAACUGCAAUACAGGUUGUAAAUGAUGCCAAGGAAGUGCUUGCGAAAAAGGAUUAACCAAUUUGUACAAAAAAAAACCUAAUAAGUUUAAUUUUAUAAGUCCACAAGCAUAAUUCACCAACUCUUAAUAUAAACACUAUUUUUAUUUAA